UGUUAGCGCUAUGAGCAUACCUAGUGUGGAGUUUAGCGCUAUAUAAAUGGACACAUUAUUAUUACUCUGGAGCAAAGCCUACUCUGCCAUUUUGACGGUGGUAACAACAUUUUCAUGAUCUAUUAUAUAUACCCAAAUCCAUGUUAAACUCCAAAAUGGUAAUUCUUCCACUCGCAUAACGUAAAAUAAUAGCCUGUUUGCAAUCUUAAUUCUCUUACAAAUUGUUAAAAAGACAUUUUCUAUAAUUAAUUUAAUUCAUUUACCCAUGAUACGAGCAUAGCCACCAUAGCCACUUGCAAAUCACUAAGCAACCAUUCAAAUUAACACCGACACGGUAUGUUGACCACGCGAUGUCGACGCUCCGGGUUUUUUAUUCUGUCGACGGUUAGCAACAUCAUAUUUUUCAUUUGUCGACAGAUCGGGCCGACUCCAUAAAAUCCCAAGAUAACACCGAUAACAGCCUUCACGGGUGGCGCCUUCAUAACACAACAAUACAGCAACGGAGCAGCUCGCCGAAUGGGUGUAGUCACCGGCGGUCAGAGAUCAUCCAGGUGUGGUCAGCUUCCAUCCGGAUUCUAGACAUCGCACAAGUUAUAUGCAUAUAAUGAACAGCAUCAAUCUAUCCCAGCCAAAACUUUACUCAUCAGUAUGUGGGAUGACCGUUGACUUCUCUUUAGUCAUCAUAUUUGACAGUUGAUUUUCGACAUAAACAUUAUCCACUGAUGGGUCCCUCCCACUUUUAUCCACGGGCCUACCCGGGGAGUUGGCCUGUCACGUGAGGUACGUUCCCCUACCAGCUAUUGUUAAUCACACGCCUCCUUAGCCCUGUUAUUGAGAUCCUUGCUCAGCCACUAGGAGUACCCUGCAGAACAGGUAUAUAUACACCUGAAACACCUUAGUCAACGUAAGAUACCCUAGCUGGUCUAGGGUGGCCGCUCCAAGAGAACGAAGUAUACACCACAAGUGUCAUCACAGCAGGGCUCUCAGAAUGGAUCCUCACUGGAUCGCGACUCUGGUUUCCUUGUCGCUGGUUGCCGGGCAGCCUCAAGAUGUUCCCGAGAUAACAAUCCAACCGGUGGUGGCACUAGAGUAUGUGACGCUGGAAGACAUGUCACUCCGUUGUACAAUAAAGGACAAUACAACUGGCGUCAGUGACAACGAAGUGGUCAAUAUCCAGUAUGAGGUGACCUGGUACCGCGAACACGUGAACAUCACGUCAGAGCUCUUGAUUGCUGGACUACUUACUCACAAUCUCAACGUAACCACAGAGGAUUUUGAAAGCAAACAGAAGCAUUGGUGUGAAGUGAGAGCCUGCUAUGAGCCUGACUGCGCAAACUCAUCUCUUAGUAUUGGCAACAAGAGCAAUGUGUUUGUUCCUCAGCUGAAGGUGUUAAGCAGCAGGGAGAUGUCGGUUACUGAGGGAGGGGAUGGUGGCAACAUCCAACUGACCUUCACUGCACCACCAUCACUCCUCUGUCGAAUUGCUCAGAAGGAACAGGACUGUAAAGUAGUGGUCUUGGCUACCAUAUCAGAUGAUGCACCUCUCCAGUGUCCUACAACAAAACAGAAAACGAUACCACAGAUCCUCUUCCAAGAAACAGGAUCUAUCCAAGCUGAGUUCUGUUCCACUACCAUUACUAUGCACACCUGGACCGAAAUUACAAACAUCACAUUUGUGGCCAAUCAGGACAUGAUGAUUGAUGGUGAGGCCAGAUCAACUAUCACCUUAACAACUGUUGUUGGUGGUAUUUCCCACGAGGACACAAAACAAAAAGUUCAGGUGGACGUAAUCGACUCAGACAGGAAUGCUGUAUGUAAAUCUCUAAAUGACCCUCAUCUUACAACAUUUGACAAGCAAUAUUUCAACAUGCAUGGCUCGGGAGAAUAUAUCCUUUUCAAGAGUGAAAUCAAUAAUUAUGCAGUCCACGCGUUUUACUCAAGGUGUACAAAGGGUUCAUCAGAACCUACCUGCAAUUGUGCAGUGGCAGUACAGACUGGCAGAAAUGUCAUUACUUUCAAUGGAUGCAUAGAGAACGAGGGCAUCACAGUCAAGUAUUUUGGAACCGAAAAACUUCAAGAAGGAACUCGGAUAUACAGAAAGCAGAGUGGAAGAGUGUAUGAGGUUGUUUUGGCCACUGGAACACAGGUGAUGGUAGAAGAGAGCUAUAAAACCUUCAUCAAUGUGUGGAUGUACCCUUCUCCUUUAGAUGCAAACAAAACAAAAGGCUUGUGUGGUGAUUUUGAUGGUGAUUCAUCGAAUGAGUUUAUGCUGCAGAAUGGUACCAUUGGAACCAUUUCAGAAUUUGCUACAGAAUGGAAAGUGAGCCCAGCUGACAGUUUGUACAAUGGUCUGUGUCCUGACAAGAUGCCACCCUCCUCCCCACCACGUGCCUUGCAGUACUGUGCAUGUACUUCAGUCGGUGCCACUCAGUGCAUGACAGAUAACAGUGUCCUGGCCUGUCAUAUGUUAAAGGAACACAAUGCAGAUGAUGACAUAACAGAAGCUUUAACAGCCAUGCCAACUCUCGCAGCCAACUGCUUUGAAGGUUUUCAAAGAGUGGAUGAUUUCCCUAGUGAUCAGGAAAUCAGUGUGAAUGAGUCAUUGCCAAGUAACUGGAAUGAGAGCUAUGCACGCAGUAUCUGUCAGGAGUCUCUAGAGGCGAGCAUUUCCUUCUCUGUGUGCAGCUCAGUGGUCCAGCUACCUCCACAAGAGAUAGACAACUGCGUUCAGGACCUCUUGUCAACACAAGAUGAAUCCUGGAGCCGUGUCCUGCAGGCGUCAUUAGAGAUGUCCUGCAGAUAUGAGCUGACAACUAAUGCAACUCUCAUCAUGACUGGACAGUCACAAACUAUUCUCAACACAAUCUGCCCAGAUGGAUGUUCCGGCAAUGGAAACUGUGUACAGAGUGAAUGCGAGUGUAAUGAUGGCUAUGUGGGAGUUGACUGUUCCCUCAGUAUCUUCACUGCACCUGCCAUUGCCCGACUAGAGAAUGAUGGCCACUGUAACAUACUUCUUGGUGACUGCACUACGGUGCACCUAUAUGGAGGAACAUUUGUGGAGACAUCACAACUUAAAGGAUACUUCAAAAUGAUUGAGGUUAACAGCACAGGCUUUGAGGAGGUUGGCAGCUGGACAGAGUGCAACAGAACAGUGUUUGUCAGCAAGAGUGUUCUUCGAUGUGUCCUCCCUAAGACAGCAAACUACCUUCUCCGUGUGACCAAUGUUGACGGUGUCUUCUCCAACAAGCUAACAUUCCUAGCCUACAACCCCCAGUGCUACUCAUGCAACACAGAACUAGGAACAUGUGGAAUGAAGGAGCAAGUAUGUGUGAUUGAUGAUGUCUGCUUUCCGGACCUAACAAUCAACCCAGACACUCACACACAGAUCUGUAAUGCCACACAGAGCAAUGUGUCAUGGAGUGAGAACACAUCUCCUUGUCCUGGAUCAGAAGUAAUAUGGAUACAAAACACUUCCAUGGCAAUUGCCUUCCACAACCACAAAACUGUUAAUGCUUCAAGUGUGGAUAUGUGUCGUACCCAGUGCUUGGAGGAGACAGAUUUCCUGUGCCGUUCUGCUGACUACAACACAAUUUCUAAUGAGUGUCAUUUGUCAAAGUUCAAGGCUGCACAGGUUGGAGAUUACUUCCAGGAGUUUCCUGAGAGAUUCCAAUACCUUGAAUGGCAGUGUCAGGAAGACCGCUGUCCGUCUGCAUUGCUGUCAUGGAAAAAAGACCAAGACUAUGUGAAGCCUGGAUCAAGUGAUUUUGCCAAGUAUGCUGUGUGGACAGUUGACCACUGUAGACGACUCUGCUCUCUCAACGAAACCUGCCAAUCUGUCAAAUUCAACAAAGCACGAGGCAUCUGUAUUGUUUCCCCUGUAAUUAUCACCAACACAACCUUCAAAUGGGUACAUGCACCUGGUUGGGACACUCACUCACUCACUUGCAGACAAGGAUCCCCAUUAGAUCGGAGGAGUGUGAGUGUGGGCAGCAUAGCAAUUGUACCCAGUUUCAAAGCACCUGGCAAUGAUACUUUUAUGUGUAACUUCACGAAAGUGAAUGUCACUAGCCGCAGUGUCCACUAUAAUGUUUUGUGGCAAGUGGAUGGUCAGUGGACAUAUGAGAGCACGCUGAGGACUGAUGUGACUGGGGACAUUCUGGAUGAUGUGCUGGCUAACAACAUCACAAAUGGGACAACCAUUACAGCUGCAGUAAGUGCUUGCUAUGCAGAUGAUUGUGAGAACACUAGGGGCCUGCUGGCAGUUUCAGAUGUGUACACAGCACAAAUUAAGAUGGAAAAUGCACUGAACGAAAUGACCUUGACUGAAGGGAAGCCAGGGGAGACCAUCCAAGUAUUGGCAUCUGCUCCACCAUAUGUACUAUGUCGUGGUUUGUCCUUCAAUAACACUGAUGAGUGUGAAAUUCAGAUUUCAUAUGACAUAUCAGUUGAUAAUGCUACUGAAGUCCAGUGUCUGACUGGUGAAUUUAUACCCCAGAUGGCAUUCAGACUUUCUUCUGAUGAGGAAGAUCAUCCUCUUUGUCAGCUCUUGAUCAGGAGAGAUAACUGGCAGAAACAGUACUCACUGAACGUGCGGGCAACAAUUGACAGCAAAUAUGAGGGUGACCACAACAGAACUCUGACAGUAAUGUCCUCCUACCUGGUUAGCUCCGUGGUGGAACAUUCAUCUGAGCUGCUCAAGUCUGAGCUGUCUAUCGUGGAUGCAGACUAUGGUGCCCUGUGUAUGGUUGUCAAUGAUCCACACAUUACAACUUUUGAUGGCUUCUACUACCACAUGUACUACCGCGGCCCAUUUGUUCUGUAUCAGCACACGGAAUUGCCCUACUCUGUUCAAGUGUUCCUGAGAGACUGCCAUGGCCGGAUGUCCUGCACAGUAGCUGUCGCUGCCAGAGCAGGGAAUGAUGUGGUUCACAUUGACUAUGGUGGUGCCAUUGCUACUGAGAACUCCAACCCUGUAACAGUGAGGAUGUUCAGGAAUGGUGCUGUGACACCUGGCUUCCGAACAUUCAGUAGGGACGAAGGCCGAAUGUAUAUAAUUCAGUAUCCAACAGGGAUGGAAGUGCGAGUUGGCAUCAGCAUCAUCCCUGGUUACAACUUCCUCAAUGUGUGGCUGAGGCCUUCUGCAGCUGAUGUCAACAAAACAACAGGUUUGUGUGGAAUGUACAACAAUGACCAGUCAGAUGAUCUUCGUAGUCCAGAUGGAACCGUGCACACACUGAACAUCAAGCCUGACAACUUCUCCACCACUUGGAGGGAGGACUAUGUGUUAUCAAACCCACCUAUGGAUGUUGAUGAGGAAGUUGCUGUAACAGAAGCAAACAAAUCUGUGACUCAAAGAAGCAGAAAGUCAGUAGAGUCAUCGAAAUCAGUGAAUAGAACUGGAAGAAAUAGGAAAUCAGAAAAUUCAAAAUCCACAAUAUCUGGCAACAGCUCUGUAUGUAGCAGAACUUCCCAAGGAUCAAAAAGAUCUGUGACCUCACAGCUGUCAGACAAGCAAACUGCAAGGCUAGAGAAACUAAAGAAAUUAUCCAAACUAGAGGAAUUGCAAAGAAGAUUUGAGGAGGAUAUCCUCACACAGGAGGAAUUAACAAGAUGUGACGACAUAGCACGAAAGGCACAGGAGGAGGCUGAAAUGGAAAUUCUAAAGACGCAGAGGAGGGCUCAUGAGAUAGAACGCGAAGCCCAACGAGAACGAGAGCGACUAGGAACCAAGAUCACCCACUUAAGGAGAAUUCGGGAAGUGGAAGCCGGAUUAAAAGAGGCAAGUUUCCUUGACUGUAUGAUAAAUGAAGAUUCCCCUGUUGUGAUGAGCACCACUUCCAUCUCCCAGUGCUGUCCACUCUUCCGUCCAGACAUCCUCCAGUGUACCAGCUUCCAGUGCUGUCCACUCUUCCGUCCAGACAUCCUCCAGUGUACCAGCUCCCAGUGCUGUCCACUCUUCCUUCCAGACAUCCUCCAGUGUACCAGCUCCCAGUGCUGUCCAUACACCAGUCAUGAUGUCUCCCGGCUUGGAGGUCCCCCUAAGAGACUAGCUUCAGCAUUCAUGCACGACGAGAGGCCCUUCACAGCCACACUCCAAGCAUUGAAGGAGAGAUAUGGACAGCCACGACAGCUUGUUCAGAGUGAAUUAGGAGCCCUUAUGGGAACACCUGUACUGAGGUACGGGGAUCUCGAUGCAUUUGACAGUUUUGCUCUCUCCAUUUCGUCAGCAGACCAGCCAGCCACUAGGUUUGACAUCGACAAUGCCUUCACUGCAGACAAUCUGUGCAUUAGGGCUGGGACGGGAUCCGACAACUCAAAGCUGAUCUUGCCUAUAGAGCCAGUACGCUUUGGUAAUUCAGAUGCUCCUAGUGGUGUCCACACCAACCUUGGCUGGACUGUCCAAGGUCCGUCGAUGAUGCUAGGGCAGACGAAGAGGAACACUUGUCUGCUGAACCAGACUCGACCAGCUGAUCUCUCGCCAUCUCACUGUGUGGAGAGACUUUGGCAAUUGGACACUCUUCCCUUUACGAGUAAACAGGUCAUUCGCUCCAAACAGGACAAGAUGGCACUGGAAAUACUAGAUUCUCAGACCACAAGAAUUGAGGUGGAUGGCUCUGAAUCUUGCAGAUACAAGGUAUUCGUUGGAGCCAGAGUAGCUGAAAUUCAGAACCUCACCGACACACAUUGCUGGAGGUAUGUGAACACACAGCAAAACCCAGCUGAUGAUAUCACUCGAGGCCUGAGUGUCAAAGACCUUGUUGAAGAAUCCAGAUGGAGAAAUGGACCUGCCUUCCUCCGACAGUCAGCAGAUGAAUGGCCUGAAUCUCCAUCAACAGGCAGUGACGAGCCAGCAGAACUUAGGAAAUCUGCCAUGUUGUCAACGAUUGUGACACAGACACCCACUUUGCCUGACCCAACACAGUAUGAAUCAUGGGAAGUAUUCAUCUCUGAUGUAAAUGAAGCCCUUGACGGGACGGACCCUAAAGAGGAAACUAAGACACUGACUCCUGAACAUGUUGAGCAAACUGAGAACUAUCUGUACCGCCAAGUACAACAACAGUGCUUCUCAAAGGACUUUGAUUGCCUCAAGUCUGACUCCGUCGAGCUGGAUUCGAAUAUCAAGAAUCCCAUAGUUCUUGAUCCAAGCCACGAGAUCACCAAACUGAUUAUCAGAGAUCAUGACGAGAAACUCUUGCAUUACGGUCCGAAACAUCUCUUUGCCGAGAUCCGACGCAGAUUCUGGGUCCUCCGUGGCAGAGAGGCCAUACAACGACAUCAACGUAAGUGUGCUACCUGCCAGAAGUGGCGUUCCAACCCUGCAACUCAGAAGAUGGCCGACCUACCACCAGCCCGUCUCCAACUCUUCAAACCAGCCUUUUACUCAACUGGAGUAGACUGUUUUGGCCCGAUACAGGUGAAGAUAGGAUGUCGUUUAGAGAAACGAUGGGGAGUGAUUGUUAAGUGUAUGACUACCCGAGCAGUGCACCUAGACCUCCUUGAGUCUAUGGAUUCAGAUGCUUUCCUCAUGGCGUUCCGCCGCUUUGUAUCCCGAAGGGGUAAACCUCAUGAACUCUUGUCAGACCAGGGCACCAACUUCAAAGGUGCUAAAUCAGAAUUACAGGACGCAUGGUCUGAAAUGGAACCAGAACUACGUCACUACCUUGUCAACCAAAAGGUAGAAUUUGUGUUCAACCCUCCAAGUGCACCCCAUCAUGGAGGAUUGUGGGAGAGGGAGAUCAGAUCAGUCAAACAUGGCCUCAGAGUGUCACUUGGUCAACAGACUGAAUAUGGGUGGGAUAUCCCUGGAGAUAGUGGCUGGACACAGGGAUAUGUGGAGGGUAUCCUGUGUGAAGCAUCAAUAGGCUUGUCAGCAUUUGUGAAGGCCUGCCAAAGUGUUCCUGGAGUCCAAUAUCAAAACUCUCUAACAUCUUGUGCAGAAGAUAUCAAGAAUACACUAAACAGUCAGUGGUUCAUGGCCGCCCAAGAAGACAUCAAGAAGCAGUGUGAAAUAGCUCUCCUUACGAACACAACACUUUGGCCUGUAGAUGAUAAACUCAGUUUACAAUGUCCUUCUGAGUGUAGGGGGUCUACAUGUGACAAUGGACGAUGCAGGUGCCAGAAACACAGAGACAGCCUGGACUGUGUGGUGGAAACAGAUAAACCGCCCAACAUAUUCUUCCUCAGCAACAAUGGAUUGUGUGACAUGCGUAUUGAUAACUGUGACGCUGUGCAUGUCUACAACAACAACACUCUCAAUGUCAGCAGCCUUGUCUGCCACUGGGCUAGGGUCACGCUGAAUGAAACUGGGUAUGAGGUUGGUGAUGAAGUGGUCAAUACAACAGCAACAUUCAUCCACCUGAUGGAGUUGGCAUGUCCACUGCCAGAAGCUGGCUACAGUUAUGAGGUCUCUAUCAGCUUCAAUGAACUUCGGAGUACUUCCCUCCUUUAUUUGGUCUAUGAUUCCCUCUGCCAGACUUGCUUUCCCAGCAACGGAACCUGUGUGGACAAGACAAGUGGAUGCAUCAUUAAUGAUCAGUGCUACGAAGAUGGAGAGUACAACCCCAUCAACCCACGGCAGUACUGUGAUAGCAGUGCCAACAGGACAAGCUGGCAGCAGGCAACAGACUCUUGCCAAACUCUGGAUUUGGUGUGGUAUCGUCAGAGAGGUUACAGUUUACUGGAGUUUUCUAAAGAGCAAGUUGUGAGCAAUGGUGACCCAGUGUCAUGUCAACAGGCCUGUCUGGAGAGGGAUGGUACUUCAUAUGAGUGCAGCUCCUUCAAUUACAACGUUUCUUCAGGAAAUUGUACAUUGAACACCGAGGACAAGCGUAGUCAGCCUGGCAGUCUCAUCCCUGCACCUGACUCAUACUACUAUGAGUGGCAGUGCAACAACAACCCAGGUGGCAAGUCUGGUGUGACGUUCCAUCGCCGACCAGGUUUUGCAGUACUGGAGAGCGACUCCCGUCAGAUUCAAGGAGUGUUUCAGCUGGUGGAUUGUCGUACACUUUGUCUGAAAGAGACGACAUUUGUAUGUCAGUCGUUUGAGCUGCUGAGAGAGGCUGGACUGUGUACUCUCUCUACAAUCACCUCAGAGGAAGCAGGAGUGGGCCUGGUGCGCUGGAAUGGUUAUGUCUUUGAGGAAUGGACUCUCAGUGCAGGUGUAACUGCUGUUAUUCCAAGAAACCCUCAAGUGAGUAUCCGACAGGUUCCUGACAGUGAGGAAUUUGACCUGACUCUGGCCUGUGAGUUUCCCAGAGUGAAGACCGUGAAUAUGAGCCUUGAAUACACAGUUGAGUGGCUGGUAGAUGAAGACAUUGUGGAUAUCACUGGUCCUUUGGCAUAUGACAGUGAUGAUGUACUACUGUACAUGAAUAGGACCCUUCUGGCAGGACUCAAGUAUGGCACAAAGUUGUCAUGUGCAGUAACGGCUUGCUACCAGAGUGACUGCGCCAACUCUACAGGGCCAAUCAGACGAAGCAACCUCCUUGAGCUUGUUGUGAAGGUGAGAAGUGAGAGUAUGAUAACUCUUAUGGAAGGUGGUCCUGCCACCCAGCUGACUAUCACAUCCCAAGUUCCCCCAUCCUUCAUCUGUGACUCCUGGGGCAACCACACAGACUGCACCAUCAUGGUACGGGCAUUGCUCACUGAGGACACCAUGGACUACAAGUGUGAAUCAGGUGACGUCAUCAAGCAAGUUGUGAUUGGUGGAAUACCAAACCAAACCAAGUGUGGCAUUGAGAUUACCAUGUACAACUGGCAAGCUGAACAACACAUGUCCCUGUUGGCCAAGCUUGAUGGACUAUAUGAUGGUGAUCAAAACAGAUCCCUGACUGUCGGCUACCAGCUGAUGUCAGUGGCCAGUGGGCUGUCGGACUUGCAACACCUCAGCACAAUCAAUUUAACUAUUGUGGAUAAAGACCAACAAUCUUGGUGUGGAUUUGCCUUUCCUUAUGUAGUAACAACAGAUGGUAGAUUCUAUGAGACCUACAACCAAGGAGAGUUCGUUCUCUAUUCACACAAGACCCUGCCAUAUGAGGUGCACGUGUUCACUCAGACCAGAACAUGUGGGGUAGCAGUGGUAGCUGGUGAUGAUGUCAUCAUGGUGGACAGAUGUGGACCUGAAAUCACAAAGUCUGUCACUGUCAAAGUCUAUCAGAAUGACAACUUGACACCAGGAAUGUCCAUCAAGAGCACACGUGGAAACAAGCUGCAGAUAACUCUGCCAAGUGGAACAUACAUCACUGUACGCCUCAGAGGUGAUAACUCUCAAGACAUGGACAUCUCUGUCACUUUGUCACCAGUCGAUUACAACAACACUUUAGGACUGUGUGGAUCCUAUGAUGGAAAUGUCGUGAAUGAUCUUGAAAUGAAGGAUGGAUUCAUUUAUGAAAGGCCUGGAUCAAGGCCUGAUAUCUUCUCCCUCUCAUGGCGAGUGCUUGCAAAUAUGACAUUGUAUGGUGGUUACUGUCAGGAGACAGUAAUGACUGACUUGCAAGGGUUCUGUGACUGUCUUGAUGGUCACAAUGACACCUGUGAUGACAGACUGGACAUUAUGCCUUGUCCAGGGACUGAAGAUACAGAGUUUGUAGAUGUGACCAGUUACAUGAGCUUCCCAACAGCUUCCAGAUGUGAUGACUCAGCAACUUCUAUCUUCCAAUAUAACACAGACUUCCAGCCACAGACAUAUGAAUGGCCAACUGCUUCCAACAGAACUGAGUCUGAUGUUCAAGAAACCUGUCGGUCAGUGAUCAAUGGUUCGGAUGUACUGGCCCAUUGUGCAAAACUUCUUCCAUCUUACUUUGACUGGGCUAUGCACCUCUGUGUCCAGAGAGUCAAGAUGACAGACAGUAAUGACUGGGAAGCUGUGUCCCGACUGAGCCUGCUAGAUGGCUGCCUGUGGGAGGCAGAGAGAAACAUCGCCCUGUGGGUGGAGGUGGGUGGAGUCCUCCGACCUGAGCCUGCCUUCAUCACUUCUCUGUGUGCUGUAGACUGUGCUGCCAGUAGUCGAUGCAACUGCUCAUGUCCAGAUGGAUAUGGAGGAUCAGCAUGUGAUGUACGUCUAGACCAGGCUCCAUCUAUCAGAGAUGUUGCAGGCAAUGGAUUGUGUGAUGUGUCUCAGACACAGUGUAACAGCAUCACAAUUGUUGGGGGCCCAUUUGCCGCCUCCUCUGACCUAGUGUGCCGUUUACAGUUGAUACAGAUGACUGAGGGUUCCUACACACAGAUGGGGGAGAAUGUCACCGUUGCAGCAGUGUUAGUAACUCCCAACCAAGUCGUGUGUCCUCUUCCAACAGUUGAUAGUUACACUGUUACAGUCAGCAACAACAACAUCAUCUUUAGUGUGAGCGUUGUGUACACAGUCUACCACUCUAGAUGCCAUGACUGUGAAAGUGCUGGGACGUGCUCACUGAAGAUAAAUACCUGCUUCAUUGAUAACCAGUGCUACAUGUAUGGGGACAAGAAGCCAGAUAAUGAUACAGUUGUGUGUAACUCCUUCGAGAACUAUCGAAGUUGGAGUCCAGUCAGAGAAUACCCUUACUUGCGUGAAGUACCAAGUCUGACGACCAGCUACAACACAACAACUGAUGUGUUCAGGUUCUGCUGUAGUUUUGACUUCAGUGAGCGUGUUGAUCUCAAUUACUCCCUUAUCUGGUAUCAUAAUGAUGAUGUCUUGAGCAAUGUCACUAUCGAGGAUGCCAAUGUUACAUCCUAUGAAAUGAAUGUUGCUGAUAUAGACCAGCUUGCUUUUAAUUCAAAGGUAACCUGUGGUGUAAGUGCCUGUUUUCCUGGAAACUGCUCCAGUACAAGCAGCCCACCAAAGAUCAGCCCUGAAUUCAUUGCCGGACUGAAGAUCAUUACAGAAGACAUCACACUUGAUGAGGGCGGAGAAGCUGUUAUGGUGGGCAUCAAGGCAACCGUCCCAACUCGAUAUUUCUGUAAAUUGGACAACCAGACUUGCUCUGUCAAAGUUGGUAUUUCUCUUACCACACAUGAAGAAUUCGAAUGCUCUUCCACAACAGAGACUUACUACCAGGCAGUGUAUGUGCCUACAUCCAAGUCACUGGGUGACGCUGACUGUUCAAUAGACUAUCCAUCAUGGCCAGAGACUCUGUAUGUACCACUGAUAGCAGUGAAUGAUCAGUUAGUUGAUGGCAAGCAGAUCAGAGAGGUGAUGAUAUCAGCCAUGGUGAUGUCAGGCAGUCGGACUGUGUUCAGUGGAAAUGCCACAAGUGGUAAGGUGACAGUGCAUGACCGGGAUUCUUCUUCACUGUGUCAAGCCGCACCACAUGUCAUCACAUUUGAUGGACAAGCCUAUGACAUUUACACAGAAGGGGUGUUCAACAUGUACCGCCAUCGGACAAAGCCAUAUGAAGUGGAGGUAUUUAUGAGACAUGACAAUGCCACAAAGUCUCCCCCUUGUCCCUGUGCAGUAGCAGUGAAAUCUGGAGAUGAUGUGGCAUUGAUUGACAGAUGUAAAAGAGAUGACCAACAAGUGACAACAAGGACCACCAUUUUCCUCAAUGGAGAUCUCACCCCCAACACCAGGGUUCUUCAGUUUGAUGAAGGACGUACACGACAGGUUCAUUUCCCGAGUGGGACAUACGUGAUUGUUACCGAUGUCGGAAGCUCUGAAUGCCUUAAUGUGUGGGUUCAACCUUCUGCAAUGGACUACCAGUCAACAGAAGGACUCUGUGGCUCCUAUGAUGGCAACUCGACCAAUGACCGUGAAGGAGGGGAGGACUUCUCCCUUGGCUGGAGGGUGAAGAAAAAUGAAGAUUUCCUGUCUGGUAUUUGUUUGGAAGAUCCUACUGAGACCAUGCCGACCCCUGUACAGUGUAAAUGUGCAGGCUCAACUGUAGGCUGUGGUGAAAACAUCAAUGUCUUCACAUGUCUACCUAGUGAAGGUGUGGAUAUAACAGAUUUCCUAAUCAGGAUGUCAUCAAGUCCUCUUGGUUGUCCAGGACAGCUCUCACAGAAAAUUAUUUAUGUGUAUGAAGAAGACUUCAAAUUUGAGAUCCAGCCAUGGCCCACUGCCGUUCUCCGCUACAGUCAAGUCCAGGCUAGGCAGUACUGUGAAGCCUACACCCGGACUACACAUAUUGGUGUGCUGUGCCAGGGGGUCGUCUCACUUAGCCUACAGAAGUCAAUGAUAGCAUCAUGUGCCACAAGUAUACAGAUACAUGACAGCCUGGAGUGGGUGUGGCCAGUCCUCACCAGAUUUCUCCAGCAAUGUCUAGCAGUGGUGACGAGGGAGACGAGUCACUGGGUGCUGCUGGAGGGGAGAUUCCAGCCACCGGGAGACAUACUUAACCAGACAUGCAGCAACAACUGUAGCAGCAAUGGGUUGUGUAACAUAGGUGUCUGCAGCUGCAACGAGGGCUUCUUUGGUUUCGACUGUUCUGUCAAUGAGACAUCAGUGCCAAGUGUUUUGUCUCCACAAGCUGACUGUGACAGUCACACGUCUCUAUGUAACUCAAUAACUGUUGUUGGUGGACCUUUUGUGCGGUCAGCAAACAUUGUGUGCAGAUUGGAAACAAUUGGGCUGAAUAGCACCGAGCCACAGAAGGGCACCGGCGAGUACUCCUAUGUACCUGCCAUGUUUGUGUCUUAUCAGACGGUCAUUUGCAAUCUCACAGAGGCUGUCAACAGCUACUAUGUCACAGUCAGCAACAACAACCUCACAUACAGUGACACUGUCUUUUUCCGUGUAUAUGACUCUCGAUGCUUCGUCAUCACUGACAACCAGUUUUCUCUACUUCCCAACUACUGCUUUAUCAGCACAUCCUGCUACAAGCCAGGGGAUGUGAGCAGAAGCAGCACACAGCUGGUGUGUGACCCAGAGAGGAGCACGCUGUACUGGACAGACCGAUCAGAGUACCUCAACCUUGGUAUACAACCCAAACUAACAGUGCAGUGUGGCCUCGUGGCGUGUCUCAGCACAGACUGUGCCAACACCCGCAGUCCAGUCAUAACCAGUGAGGAGUUUAAAUUUGAAGUAAAAAUCACCAGCAAGAAAACAUUGACUUUAGAGGAAGGUGAAGGGGCCAAGGCUGUACUUCUCCAGUCCACCUUUCCUCCUGUCAUCUUCUGUCCAGCCUCUGAUAACUACACAAACUGCUCCUUUACCAUCAGUGCACACAUACCAGAACCUGGUGCCAAUACUGUGACCUGUCCAGGGUCAGGGGUCACAGUGCCACAAGCUGUGGUCAGCUGGCUUGGUCAACCAGAUGAUACCAGGGCCAUGUGUGGCCUAGUGCUUAACAUGGACAACUGGCAUACCGAACAGUCACUGUAUGUGAGGGCAACAACAGACAGUCUGAUUGAUGGUGAUCAGUAUCGAGACCUCCAGAUCUCACUGGACAUGGCAGGAGAAAUGAACACCUCCAUAACUCUCAACACAGUGAAGUUGACUAUCAAGGACCGAGAUCGCAGCUCCACAUGUAAAGCCAUCAAUGUUCCACACAUCACAACUUUUGACAAUGUCUACUACAACCUGCUUCAAUAUGGAGAGUUUGUCCUGUACAGACACAAAACACUGCCAAUGGCUGUCAGGUUCCGUGUGUGUGCGGGGGCAGCAGUGCUGGUGGAUGAUGAUGUUUUCAUCAUAGAGAGAUGUGGUGACCAUACCGACAUGCCAAUCAGAACAGAGAUGUUAUUGAAUGGUGACCUUGCCAAGGGGACCUCACUACUUGAGGUCAAUGAUGGAAAGGAAUAUGUUGUCCUGCUGCCAGCAGGGACCCGGGUGAGCAUCACGCUUGGAGACAGACCUGAGGACAAGUAUCUCAGUGUAUGGGUCCAGUCUUCAGCUGCUGAUGUGCAGGAGACAGAAGGAUUGUGUGGUACAUUUGACGGGGACAAAGACAACGAUCUGACCUCCAGUGAUGGUCAAGUGAAGACAUACAUGAAGUAUCCAAAUGACUUUAUUCAAACCUGGAGAGUGCCUGCAGAUGAAUCCCUGUAUAAUGGUGUGUGCGAGUCACCCCUCCCCAUGCCAAGCAGCGCCAACUGUGUGUGUGGGAACAUCUCUGUCUGUGGUCAGGAGGCCCAUGUGUUUACUUGUGUGGAGGAAUUCACAGCACUGAAAAAAGGUAAGGACAUCACCGCUCAAAUGGUGAAUAAGACAGCUGACUCCAGGCCUGCCAUUUGCCAAGGAUCAGAGGUUGUGAGGUUCCAGUACAGCUCAACUGCCAUUUCACAGAUAUUGACAUGGCCGACUGUAGGUGGCUGGCAACUGGAGACAGCACGGAGACAUUGUGAGACGUAUAUUCGUGGUGUGGCAUCCACACAGCUGUGCCUCAGUGCUGGUGUUACUCUGCAGUUUGAUCUCAUCAUUCUGGGGUGUGUUGACAGCAUUCAGCUGUUUGAUGGUCCAGUGUUUGAGAGUCUGUUCCUGGACAGCCUAGUGUUUGACUGCCUGUUUGAGAUACAGAUAAACACAAGAUACUGGCAACUGGUCAGUGGUGUCUAUGUCAUCAACAGAGAGAUCAUCUCCUCAGUCUGUCCCAGCAACUGUAACAGCCGGGGCUUGUGUGUUGAUGGUGUAUGUAAAUGUCAGCCAACCUAUGGGGGUCAUGACUGCUCCAUCGCCCUCAGAAUGCCACCUGUUUUGUCUGCUGUACAAGACAAUGGACUAUGUGACUUGGCACAAGGGCGAUGUGGACACCAGUUCUUUUUCUAUGGACAAAACUUCCUCAGAUCUAGCAGCCUUAAAUGCUACUUCAACAGUGUGCAGGUGACAGCGACUGGUCUGACUGUGUCUGGAGAACGACGUGCAUAUACAGCAACAUAUGUCAACUAUCAGACCAUCAUGUGCACCCUGCCAGCCCUGCAUAGCUACUCUCUUGCAAUAAGUAACAACGGUAUAAUCUUCAGUGAGACCUUCAAAAUCCUCAUCCUCAACAGUGUAUGUGCUACAAGAAACAGUGACGGACAAGUUGUAUUGGAGCCCAACUCCUGCUUCAUCAACAACACCUGCUACACUUUGGACAAUGUAAACCCAACCAACACCUCCCUUGUGUGUCAGCCUGCUCUUGACCAGACACAGUGGUCAGCCAAACAAGAUUACCCAUCCAUUAGGCAGCCUCGUUUGGAGACCAAGACUGUUGCUGAAAGCCCAUACUUCCAAGUAGUGUGUAAAUUUGACAUGGAGGAGGGAGUGCGGUACAGUGUUACAUGGCUUGCAGGCAAUGACACAGUCAGCGACUUUGGACCAUUCGAUGAAGGCAUCUCAAGUUUGGAUUCAGAAAUGCUGACAAACUUCACAGUUGGAGAUACACUGCAGUGUGCUGUGUCAGGCUGCUACAGACUUAACUGUAAUAACACCAUGUCCCCACUCCGAUACAGUGUGGUCCUCAAAGCUGAAGUGAAGGUUCAGCAGACAGAGAUAAUGGUGGAAGAAGGUGGUGAAGCUGAGAUGCUGAAGGUCACAUCAACCUUCCCUCCAGGUUUCUUCUGUCACAAUUUCUCAGUGUGGGAUGACUGCUACAUCACUGUGACAACAAGCAUUGCCAUGGCCAAGGAGUUGACUUGUCAGGAGGAGCCCUUGGUGCAGGCUGUCAUAGGCUAUGACCAGGAGGAAUUUGGUGUACCUUGUGGCAAGAGAAUCACCAACAGUAACUGGCAGACAGGUGUAAUAAUCCUUGUCAAAGCUAAAGUGGACUCUCCGUUCAGAGAUGGGGACCAACAUAGAAAGCUCAACGUUCAUGUAGCUCUUAGGACUGGAGAUAUGAGCAUCACAAACAACACUCUUGACCAAAUCAAGCUCACAGUGAAGGAUAAGGAUAGAAAGGCUGUUUGUAAAUCUAUCAAUGAUCCUCACAUAACUUCCAUCGACGGAAAGAAAUUCAAUGUGUUUUUUUGAGGAGAAUUCAUACUGUACAUCAACAAGAAAAGAGACUAUGAGGUUCGCACGAUGUAUCAGCGUUGUGGCAAGGGUAUGUCAGCCUCGUGUAACUGUGGAGUUGCUGUGAGAGCUGGCGAUGAUGUAUUUGUCUUUGACCGGUGUAGAAGGAAAGGAUCCAAGAAGACUCCGAUGAUAGUCCGCAGCUAUGUCCAAGGCACUCUAACACCAGGCAUGAGGAUAAUCAAAUAUUCUGGGGGGACGUGCGCCUGCUUUCCAACUGGAACCUGUGUGGAGAUAAAAAAUGGAGUGAGGAGAACUUCAGAGUUUCUAAAUGUCUGGCUGCAUGCUUCUGCUGAUGACUACAAUAACAUGGAAGGUCUGUGUGGUACCUUUGAUGGCAACAAGGACAAUGAUCUGAAGAUGAGCACCGGAGAGAUAUUCACAGAGAAUGUUAGACAACCAAAACGGUUUGCCCUCAGUUGGAGAAGUACGGACUCUCUGUAUGAUGGCUAUUGUGCUGAGGCCAGUGAUGAUUAUGGCGCUGCGCUGUCGAAGUACUGUGACUGUGUGGAGGGUCAGAGUCCCGUGUGUGAUUCAGGCAGGGAUGUGUUUACAUGUGGGGUGCACAGCAAGAAGAGUAAGAAGAUGAGUAGAGGAGAGGAUGUGACUGACUACUUCAUCCGUCAGUCCCAGGUCCCCCUCAAGUGUAUCCAGAAGGGAACUGUUAACAUCACUUUUGAGUUUGACCUGGAUUAUGAACAGACGGAGCUUACAUGGCCAACGGUCACUAAUAUAACACAGACUGAAGCAUAUGAGAUCUGUUCCACACACAUCCUGGCAUCCAAAGUAGCUGCCCUCUGCCAAAAUAUCCCCUUCAUUGUCAUUGAUUUCAACGAGACAGUGGAAUUUUGUAUGGAAGAUAUUCAGAUCACAGGGGACACUCAGUGGCAGGUGACAGCUCUUAGUAACUUGAUUGCUCAGUGCCAGACAGAAAUCACAACCAGGGCAGAACUGAUGGUUGAAGUUAGAGGCCAGUUGGUGCCCAUCCCAGAGGUGGAGAGCAUCAUCUGUAUCAACAGCUGCAGUGGCAAUGGCAACUGUACACAAGGUGAGUGCCAGUGCUAUGAUGACUGGCUUGGUGAAGACUGCUCCAUCAAUGGAACUCAACCUCCGUCUGUGGAUGAAAUCCAAGGAAGCAUUUGUGACUCCCAAACUACUGCAGACUGCACCAGCAUCACAGUUGUUGGAGAAAAUUUUGCUGAUGUAGACACUCUUAUGUGCAACAUUGAGGAAAUACAGCUGAACUGUUCCAUGGAUGGCAAUAGUACUUACACAGUGCCUGCAGUGUACAUCAGCAAUGAACUUGUAGUAUGUCGUCUCAACAAGACAUCCAGUGCCAGGAUCACCAUCAGCAAUGAUGGGAAGCUUUUCAGUGAGCCUCUCACUUAUGUUGUGAUCAGCUCCAACUGUGAAAGUUACAAUGGAGAUAGCUGUGUGACUAGGACCGAUAUAUGCAACAUCAACGGAGUGUGCUAUGAGUGUGGUGAUGUGUUCAAAGAUGACCCAAAACGAUACUGCCAGUCUACUAUCAACAGCACUAGCUGGACGGAACUAACCAGUGAGAGUGUUAUUGUAGCGAGGUACAAGUUUGAUUCCCUGGCUGAGUUUGCUGCAAUGGGGACACCGUUACUGGUUGAUGGACAUGGUGGUGGAAUGGCUGUCCAGUUGAAUGAGGCAACUGUCUCAUUCCCUGACUAUAAUUCAACCAAAUAUUCAAUUUUAUCUGCCCCAGGAGAAUGUUCUAUUGGCUUCACCAUCAAGUUUGAUGUACGGUACAAAUCAUUUUGUGAGAACAUGUAUGUGCUGACGACAGGGGGCGACCAACCUGAUUCCACUGGUAUGGCCGUGUAUUACCGACGCCGAGCUGUUUACUUUACAGUCAGCACACCAGACAAACAAUGGGUGGUCUCGGUGCCACGUCCACAACUCCACGUCUUCUACACAUAUCAAUUCAGCUUUUCAGCAGCUUAUGGUAUUGAUGUUAAUGUUGGUAGCAAGUCUUACAAGACCAGAACAUUCUACAGACGUACAGUUCCUGGAGAGAAACAGAGUGCUCUGAAGAUUGGUGGUCCUAUUGAUGAUGCUGAUGGCUGCUAUGGAAAUAUCACUUUUGGUGGAUUAGAAAUUUAUCAAGCUCCAACAUUUGUGCUUGAUGUUUUGGAUAUUGUCACAGACCUGCCAUCCCUAGAGGAAUCUCCAAAGCUAAUGGUAUCUGAUAUGAAUGACACUGCCAUUUUCAAGUGCAGCUUCAAACGCCUUCUGAGAGGUGAUACAGCAUAUCGUGUACAGUGGGUCGUGAAUGGAUCAACUGUUGCUACUGAAGAUGUAGAGGAUGAUAUGUCCUAUGGAGUGUUCAGUGAGGACCAACACAUGGAAUGGGCAUAUGGUGUUCAGAUUGAGUGUGGAGUAUCAGUGUGUUAUUCAUUUGAUUGUAAUAACACUGAAGGACCAAGGCAGAGAAGCAACGUCAUUUCACUUGGACUUCAUGUUAAGGAAAGCAAAGUGAUGGUUUCUGAGGGAUCAUCGGAGACCUUCAUCACUAUCAUCAUGACAGUCCCGCCCCACCUUCUGUGUCCUGUUGACAAGCGUGGGAACGUCACAACAGUGACAGCCUCUGCCUUCUUCCGUGACCUAACAGCUACACAGACCACCUGUCCAAAUGGUAACACCUUGGCCCAGGCAGUAAUUGGGAGUAUUGGUGGAGAUGAUACCAAAUGUGGAGCUGCAGUCCUGGCCAGUACAUGGAACAAACCCCUCCUCCUCCCUGUCCGUGCCACAGUGGACGGUGUCCGGGAUGGAGAUGCUGUCGGUCAGCUGCUGGUCAGUGCAACUGUGAACUGUGGGGCAGAGUUCUCCUAUACAGAACAGCUGUCGGAGGUCCAGGUGCAUAUUGAAGACAAAGAUGAGGUGAAGCUAUGUGAAUCUGUCAAUGACCCGCAUGUGAAGACAUUUGACAGGAAGUCAUUUGACAACUUCCUGCUUGGUGACUUUGUCCUGUACCGACACACCAGUCUACCUUAUGAGGUUCAUGGACGAUUCGACAAGUGUAAUGGUGGUGUGGCUUCCUGUAACUGUGGAGCUGCCAUCAGGAUUGGCGAUGACGUCAUUGCUGUCAAUCAGUGUGGUGCUGCCAAGAAAAGGCCACUGAGGCUUCAAGUCUUCAAGAAUGGCAUGAUGACACCAGGUGUUCGAAUUACCCGUCACCAUGGUGACAAGAAAUACAGAGUCACUUUACCGACUGGUACAGCAGUGGAUAUCAUCAAGGGAAGAGGAAGGUCAAAGUUUUUUAACAUAAUGAUUCGGUCAUCACCAGCUGACUUUGAACACACUGAAGGUUUGUGUGGUACUUAUGAUGGAAACAAGAACAAUGACCUCCGCAUGCCAGAUGGAACUAUAUUCAAAGGACGCUCCAAACAUCCAGAUACUUUCUCAAGGGCCUGGAGGGUAAAUGCAGAGGAUUCUAUCUUUGAUGGUUUCUGCCCUGAGGAUGAGGAAGUGUCUGGGUCUAUGUAUUGUGACUGCCGUGAAGGGGAGAAUGUGACCUGCUCACCCUCCCAGUAUGUCUUAGACUGUUCUCCACCCAGGCUCACAACCAAUGGCAGGAGGAAAAGAUAUACUGAUGUGACAGCAGAACUGUUUUCUGAGGCAGAGGAGCCAUCAAAAUGUGUCAAUCCAGAUGACAGAAAAAUCUUUGAAUAUGAAGUGGACUACAUUUCCCCACCUGCAGUGUGGCCCACCCGGACUGGCCUUGGCUAUGAUGAUGUGAAGCGGUACUGUGAGCAGCAGAUACAGGUGUCAUUUGCAGCCAGGACGUGUCUGGGGAUGGCCGAGGUUACUGCGGACCUGUCAGUUGACAACUGCAUUGCUGACAUACAGCUAACAAGUGACUUGUCAUGGGCACUGACAAUGAGAGACAACAUUGAGUCCCAAUGUGCCUUCUCCCUGGAGUUCAACAUCUCCCUCUGGUUCUCUGCAACAGGGGUGUCAACUCUCCCAGCUAUCUUUGCUGCAAUAUGUCCUGAUGACUGCAGCGGUAAUGGCGUGUGUGAGGAAGGUAUUUGCAUCUGUGAGGGAGACUUCAUUGGCGAGGACUGUUCAAUCAGUGCCAAAAUCCCACCAUCCCUCUUUGAAAUCAUCACAGGAACAUUCUGUAACACACGGGAAUCCAGCUGCAUAAAUGUACUCUUGUAUGGAGAAACUUUUGUUGAGUCUUCUAACCUGACCUGCCAAAUGACUCCCCUGGUUGUUAUGAAUGGGUUAUUCAAGAAAUCUACAGAAGCCACCAGCACCACCGUAAGAGCCCUGUAUAUCAGUUCAGACUCUGUGCUGUGUGUCCUCAACUCCACUGACCGCUUUGCCAUUAGCAUCAGCAACAACGGUCAGGACAUGAGCAAUGAGAUGUUCCACAUCACCUUUGACUCCAACUGUGAAUUGUGUGAAGGAAACAAGUGCGUUGAAAGGGGAGAUGUAUGCAAAAUUGAUGGCCAGUGUUACUUGAAGGGAUCCACCAACCCUUUAAACAGAAGCCAAACCUGUUUCCCCACGAAGUCUACAAAUACCUGGAGUAGUCUUCAAAGAAGUGAAAUCACAAUUUUUAGAUAUUUGUUUCUCCGUGUUGUGGGCUCUGUCCUCGUGACACAAUCCUUCAACUUUACACUGUUGGGUAUGCCAAGGUUUGCAACUGGCCCUGUUGGUGGUAAUGCUAUUGAGUUUAAUGGUGGAGACCAGGCCCUGGACUAUGGAGAGCUACCAGAAAGUGACUGUCUGGGCAACCUUGACAACUGCCCAUUUGGACUGACCAUCUCCUUCAACCUGCGUAUUGUGGAGUUCCGAAACAAGAUGUAUAUAUUCUCCAGUGGAGGAGACAGCAAGGACACAUCUGGAGUUAGCAUGUGGUGGCAAGGCAACAAGCUGUACCUGAGACUGGUCACUAGCCAGUAUGAAUGGACAUGCAAGGCCAAGUAUAAGAAGGGGGAUAUUGUGUUUGACACCUUUGUGAAGGUGGAAUUCACCUGGAGUGUGCAGUCUGGACUGAGGAUGUUUUUGAACAGUGACUUGGUAGAUACAGAUUUGAAGCCCAAGAAGACCAAACACAAAGGGAGACACACCAGGAGGUUCUACAUUGGGCGGCGCUACAGCAAGCGGGAGUAUGCUGCAUGCCUCAUCUCAGACUGGAAUGUUGUCUUCGCUGAAAGGGAAAUUGUCAAAACAUUCAGUAUUGACAUUGAACUGCCCAAGUUCUCCAGGGCCCCAGAGCUGUCCCUGUCAGUGAAUGGAUCUCGAGUGGAGUUAAUGUGUACAGUAUCUCCACUCCCUCAAGAGGCACUCACCUACUAUGUGAUGUGGUAUAAGAAUGGCCAAAAGAUUGUUGAUGAUCGACAGCUCAAUCUGACAAAUGGUGACUUUGUCAAUAUCCUGAGGGAAGAGGAUAUUGGUAUCGUCCACUUUAAUGAUAAGCUGUCCUGCUCAGUGUAUGCCUGUGAGCCUGACAACUGUGGACCUGCACGAGACAGUGCAUACCUCACUGCACAAGUGAAGCUACUGACCAAGGAAGUGACUGUAUGGGAGGGAGCUAUGUAUGAGUACAUCGAGGUUAUAUCCACCAUCCCACCACGGCUGUUCUGCUCCCAACCUGAUAGAGAUGAUGCCUGCAAGCUGUUUGUGCAGGCAGUGAUGGAGAAGGAAAAGAAGCAACAGAAAUGUCCAGGCAGUGAUGAAGUAAUCUACCAGGCAGUAUUUGGGAUGGACAUGUUAUCCACAGAAAGGAGACCAUGCCAGUAUGAGAUCCGUAUGUCUGUGUGGAGGCAGAUCAUGAAGAUUCCAAUCCGUGGAUCUGUUGAUGGGCUGAAAGACAAAGACCAAAAGCGGGAGGUGAAGGUCACAGCCACUGUUGAGAUCAGUGGCUUGAUUUACAGCAGCCUGGAAGUUGGGGAAGUUAAGGUGACUGUCAAAGACAGGAACAAGAAGAGUGGUCUGUGUAGGUCCACAGGUGACCCUCAUAGUAUUACCUUUGAUGGAAGGUACUUUGACAACUAUUUGGAAGGUGAAUUUACCCAGUACAGGCACAAGAAUCUGCCAUUUGAGGUCCACAGCUACCAGCGUAAAUGUCGGCGGGCAGCCUGUCUGUGUAGUGUCUCGAUCAAAUCAGGCGACGAUGUGAUUGUGUUUGAUCAGUGUGGGCCGAAAAAAUCUGGAUCCAACAGAGCAUUGCAAGUGAACAUGUACGUGAAUGGGGAUCUCACCCCAGGGACCAUCAUCCGUAGGAAGUCUGGGGGCGCUGAGUACACUGUGACCCUGCCAACUGGAGGCAUGCUGAGAGUAAAACAGGUGAAGAUCUUUGGGGAGAGAUUCCUCAACCUGUACUUCAAAGCCUCAGCAGCUGACUUCAUGAAUUCAGAAGGUUUGUGCGGUACAUUUGAUGAUGACAAAACAAAUGACCUUACAAUGAAAAGUGGCAAAAUCUUUGGAGGAAAGUCGAAACGUCCAAAUGAAUUUAUAAGGAGUUGGAGGGUGACAUCGAGUGAGUCCCACUAUAAUGGCAUCUGCCCUGAAGUUGAAUCAGUCGGAUCAGGUGACAUGUUCUGUACAUGCAUGGAGGGUGAGGACAUGACAUGCAGCAACACUUUGGAUGUGCAGACAUGUCAGGAGGCUGAAGCUCGCAGAGGAAGGAUAUCAAGAAAACAUGGUAAUGCCCACUCACUGCUGACAAACAUUCAGUACCUUCUGGUAAAGACAUCACCAAGUCCCUUGCUGAAGCUGCCCGGGACCGUGGACCUGUGUGUGCCCAGGGAUGUCAUCAUUUGGGAAUUUGACAUAACAUUUGAAGCAGUGGAAUUUACAUGGCCAGUAGCAGGCAUCACCAGAGAGAUGGCAGAAGAGAGAUGCAGAUCAUUUAUUGAAAUCCAUGCUGCUGCUCAGGCAUGCAAAUCUAUCAUCACAGUUGACUUUGAACUGGCUCUUGAGGGCUGUGUCGCUGACAUCCAGAUUUCUGGUGGUUUUGACUUUCUGCUGUCCAUGUUUUAUGACAUAGUGCAGACAUGUUCAGUAGAGAUUGAGUUCAAUGCUGACCUCUGGAUUGUCCAAGAGUCAGGGGUCAUUAUCCUGCCAGAGGUCACUGCCAUACUGUGUGACGAGGACUGUGGUGACAGUGGCAAGUGUGAGGAUGGAGAAUGUAAAUGUAACGAGGGCUGGCUAGGACCUGCGUGUGACAUAGAUUCGGCACAACCACCUGUGCUUCUCUCUCUCGACACAGAACUGUGUGACACGACUACUGAUGAUUGUGAUGAGAUAACCAUAUAUGGAUUCAUGUUUGUGGAAAGUGACAACCUGCUAUGUCACUUUAAGAAUGAACAGGAUCGUGUAUCUACCCAGCAAGCUGUCUUUGUCAGUCAAGAAGUAAUCCGGUGCCCCUUGUCCAUUUCUGGUUACCUUCAAAUCUCUGUCAGUAAUGAUGGUACCAAGACCAGCAACAAGACUCUACUGUACCGGGCAUUUGACUCCCUGUGUGAGACAUGUCACAACGUGACUAGCUGCAGUGCCAGGGAUGAUGUCUGUAAAGUUGACUCCAAGUGCUUUGCUGAUGGAUUCUUCAACCCUGAAAACCCGGAUGAAAUGUGCAACCUCGUCAUAUCUUCAACUGUAUGGACUCCAAUCAGAGUUGACAGUAUUGAGGAGCAGAGAUUGACAUGGCAGACAACCAUUGGUAACAUAUUGGUAACUUCACUGGGAAACAUCACAACUGCAGAAGGUGUGACUCUGACCAGAAAUACCCGCAACCGCUUUUCAUUGGAGUUGGAUGGUAGGACACAGUCCCUUGACCUGUCAGGCUUGCAGUCAAUCAGAGACAGUUGUGUGUUCUCUCCCAGUGAGUGCAGGCUUGGAUUUACCUUCCUCUUCACCAUCAAGUUCCUUGAGUUGGAGGACAACACCUACAUUCUCACGAAUGGUGGAGACCUGCUAGACUCCACAGGACUGGCUGUGUACUACAGACGAAACAGGCUGUACAUUACUGUCAGCACACGGACUCAGGAAUGGACAGUGUACAUCCACAAAAAGGACAUCCUCUUUAACAGAUAUCAAGAUUAUGAAAUUUCAUGGAAUCUACAGCAUGGAUUAUCCUGUUCCCUUGACGGAAGAUUUAUACGAAAAUCCAAAAAGUUCAAAAAGCGCAAUGUUGGUAAUGUCAUACGAAGAGGUUUCUUCUUUGGACGCCCAAUUGAAGCAGGUGGUAGGUAUGCUAGGUGUGUCCUGGAGCAGUGGCAGAUGGUGUUUGCUUCCAAAGAGAUCACAGAGAAGCUGGACAUCCCACUGGGGUACCCUAAGCUUCUCUCACCACCAAAGAUAGAGACAGAAAUGACUGAAGCUGGAGCUCACUUCAUGUGCCGCUUCUCAUUAGUGAAAGGUCUCAGUGUCAAAUAUGAUGUGGCAUAUUAUGUGGAUGAAGAACGACUUCUAAAUCAAACUGUCUCAGGAGAUGCUAUACCAGCCCUCAACCAGACCAUCUAUCCAAAUGUCGAACUCGGAAGUCAGCUGUACUGUGCUGUUGCUGUGUGUCUCAGUGAAGAUUGUGAGGCAACUCGAGGUGAGGGGAUCCGGAGUCCAGUCAUCACACUUGGCAUUCAGAUUCUGACUGAGUCGCUUACUAUUACGGAAGGAUCCGUAGGCCACAUUGAUGUCCGAGCAACCAUUCCCCCAUCCUUCUUCUGCCCUGCAUCUGAGAAAGAAACAUGUGUGGUGAAGCUUCAUGCAGGAAUCCGAGCCAGCAAGGAGAAGAAGUGCCCUGAUAAGUCUGUCAUCCCACAAGCUGUUUUGUCAUGGCAGCACAUGGAGAUUACACCAUUCUGUGGUCUCGUGUUGCAGGAAGAGAAAUGGCAGCAAAAUCACAGCAUUGUUGUAAAAGGUGUCAUUGAUGGUGUUAAGGACAAGGAUCAAGUGCGUUCUGUCAGCGUGUGGGCAACAGUUACAUCUGUGACUUACUCAAGACGACUUCAACUUGGAAAUGUCAAGGUGACUGUUAAAGACAUGGAUGACAACUCUGUGUGCAUGUCUGUCAAUGAUCCUCAUAUCUACACCUUCGACAAAAGGAAGUAUAACAAUUUCUUUGAGGGUGAAUUUGUGUUUGCCAGCAUCAAGGACUCUGGUAUCAAGAUCCACACCUUCUACCGCAGCUGUAACAAGCGAGCAUCAUGUAACUGUGCUGUGGCUGUGAAGGUGGAUGAUGACGUCAUCCUUUUUGAUAAAUGUGGAGCACAGCGGGGUACAGAGGGAAAAGGCUACCCCAUGACAGUCAAAGUUUACAAAAAUGGGGAUCUCACACCAGGACUUUCUGUAUACAGAAGAAAGAAUGAACAGUAUAAUGUGUACCUGCCUAAUGGGUUCCUGCUGAAGGUGAAGGUGCAGAAACGUGGCCGCAGUAGGAACUUCAUCAAUGUAUACCUCACUGCAUCUGCUGCUGGCUACAACAAGACUGAAGGCUUAUGUGGUGUAUAUGAUGGCAACAAGAAAAAUGAUCUUCUCAAGAAAGAUGGUGAAGUGUCUCUUGAAACAGACAAAGAGCCAAACAUCUUUUCUCAAACUUGGAGGGUAUCAGAAGAAGAUUCUCUGUAUGAUGGCUUCUGUGGUGUGGCAUUGUCAGAGGCAUCAACAGCAUCCCAGGUUUACUGUGACUGCAUGUAUGGGGAGGACGAAGUGUGUGCUAGGGGCAAGGACAUCUUCUCAUGUGACCAGGAUCAUGGCCGUGGAGGAGACAAGAGGAAGGGCAAAGACAUAACACAAGCUCUACUAGAAGAGGCUGUUGUUCCCCUCAAAUGUACCUCAAGUGAACCAAGAAUCAUCUUCGAGUUUGACAUUACAUAUGUACAUAAGACCAUUAUUUUUGGCAUCACAGAAUUUGAAGCUGCAGAUUUCUGUAGGUCACAAGUACAGAUAUCUCAAUCAGCCCGGACAUGCAAGGGAAUCAUAGAGACAAAGUUUAACCUGGCUGUAGAUUUCUGUGUAGAAGAUUUGUUGAUAACUGGGAACUUCACCUGGAUGGAGGUGUCCCGUGAAAACAUCAAGGAGCUGUGUACAAUUGCCAUAGAGAGGAACACAGACCUGUGGCUUGAGGUUGAUGGAGAAACACAACUGCCGGCUGUCAUCGACGCCAUAUGUCCUAAUGAGUGUAGUAACAAUGGCAACUGCACUCUAGGAAACUGUGAAUGUAACACAGGCUAUGCAGGUCCAGACUGCUCCAUCAACCUCAUCGACCCUCCUCGGAUCUUCUCUGUCAAGGGAGGCUUGCUCUGCGACACUUUGCUGUUUCGCUGUAACAUUGUCACUAUAUUUGGGUUUGGCUUUGCAGAGAAUGACAAUCUCACCUGUAACUAUCAGAAGAUCACGAGUAAAACAACUAUGACAGUAUCAGGAGACAUCAUCCAACUGAAGGCUGUGUUUGUGUCACAAGAAGAGGUGAAGUGCAAACUACCAUCCAACGACAGUUAUGAAGUCUCUGUCAGCAACAAUGGCGAUAUUUUCAGUGAUCCCAUACUGUUUGUUGUGUUCUCCUCUGUAUGUGAGACAUGCACAGAGCGAAGCUGCAAUGACAGGGAUGAUAUAUGCAUGAUUGAUGGCAACUGUUAUGAGGAUGGAUUCACUAAUCCCUCUGAUGAAUCCCAGAUUUGCAGUCUAAACAUGACAACCACCUGGAAGGUGAUAAAUGGUGGGGACAUUAUAGUGUAUCGUCUAAGCUUCUUGGAGAUAAUUGGUGAUGUUCUCAAAACAACAGGCUUUAACCUGAUUUUGCAAGGAGCCCCUGACCUGGUAAAGAGUGUGACUGGGGGCCUGGCUAUACAACUGAAUGGUGUAAACCAGUCAAUGAUGCUUGCGGACAAGGCUUCUGAAUGUAUUGGUGAUGUGGAGAAAUGUACAACUGGACUCACAGUGUCUUUCAAGGUGAAAUUCCUGAAGCUAACAGGAAACGAAGUUGACAAGAUAAUGGUGUUCAGUAGUGGUGCAGAUAACAGCACGUCAUAUGGUAUGGCGAUGUGGUACUCCAUCAAGUCCAAGCAACUCUGUCUUCGUGUCAGCACAUCUACAAAGGAAUGGACAGUCUGUACUCAAAAAGUAGCAUUGGAGAGACUAUUUGACUGCAAGUUUUCCUGGAGUAUUCAGAAAGGACUGAAGCUUUGGUUCGAUGGUAAGGUGGUAGCCACCCAGACAACAUACAUUCGGAGAACAAUUAGAGUGACCAGACAGACAGAGUUCUACAUUGGUAGAAGUGCUUCACUUACAUCAUUUGCUCACAUCCUACUGGAAGGAUGGAAUGUUGCUUACACCACCGACACUGUAGCGGAAAAGCUGAAUCUGGUCACAGAGACACCUUCCUUUGAAGAGCGCGCCCUGAGAUUUCAGUUCCAUCUAACCAGUCUGAGGCCUCUGUCAGUGUGUACUGUACAUUCCGUGCUCUGACAGCUGUGGGCCUGCAGUACCAGGUCAUGUGGUAUGUCAAUGACACUGUGGUCAAGGUUGAUGACAUCGGCAACAACACGGUCUCUGUCCUGGCGGA